AUAAAAAAUUUUGGUGAAAAACUAUCAGAAAACUUAUUGAAAAUUUUGUUAUAGAUUGUAGUGACAGCUAUUUGAGAGCCAUGUCGUCAGUUCAACAAAUCAAUCUAAAUGACGGCCACUCAAUGCCAAUGGUCGGCUUCGGUACCUAUGAAGCUACCGGUGCCGACAUUCGUGUUGCCAUUCGGGCUGGUUAUCGACUUUUCGACGGAGCCGAUUUCUAUGGCAACGAAGCCGAAGUUGGUGCAGCCCUACGCGCGGCCAUUGCUGCCGGCGAAGUGAUUCGCGACCAAUUGUUUGUGGUGAGCAAAGUUUGGCCAAAUUGGUUGGCUGCCGGCCGACCGACAUUGAGCGCUGAACGGACACUGCAAAACUUAGGUCUCGAUUACGUGGAUCUACUUUUGAUUCAUUGGCCGACACCGUUCAAACAGGUUGACGACGACUAUCAUCCCGGAGCCAGUGAUGGUCAGGUAUUGUUCGACGAAAGUAUUGAAUUAGCGGACGUUUGGCGUGAGUUUGAACUAAUCAAACAAAAAGGUCUCACCCGUUCUAUCGGUGUGUCCAACUUUAAUGCCCGUCAAAUACAGGAUCUGAUUGAUAAAUCCUCAACCGUACCGGCCGUCUUGCAGGUCGAGUCGCACCCGUACUUCGCUAACACACAACUAUUGCGGUUCUGUCAGCAAAAGGGCAUCGCUUUUAUCGGUUAUUCGCCUCUGGCCACUACAGGACCAAACAAAUCGCUUGUACCGCCCAUACAAUUGCCGUUGAUCCGCGAGUUGGCCAAAAAGUACGGCAUCGGUGAUGCUAUUGUCAUACUUCGAUGGCAAGUCCAACGAGGAGUCACAGUUAUACCGAAAAGCUCGACACCCGAACGUAUUGCGGCCAACAUUCGGCUCUUUGACUUCAAGCUGACCGACGACGAGAUGACAGCUAUCGAUGGACUUGACAGGAACUACCGGUGCCAUCCCUGGACACACUGGGGUAUAGGUAAGCAUAAGAACUAUCCCUUUAGUGACCCUUUUUGAUUGCAUCGAUAAUUGGAUUUCAACAAAAAAAAA